AUGAAGUCGCCACUUUAUAUUCUUACUGCUCUUCUUCCCCUUGCGGUGCAAGUAGCCCAAGCUACUCCCGUUGCGGAAAGUGAUGCCGAUGACUCCAUCAUCGAAGAACGAAGCAAUUGCAAAGUCAACCAUGGCUUUGAUUACUGGAAGUACCCUUGCGAUUCCAGCGAUAGGACCGGCCACGCCAACAAAGGGGAUAAUGUGGACUUCCAGUGCAGAUAUAAGAAUUGGUAUAAGACCCCAAGAGGGUGGGUGCGGCAAAGCGAUAAGCCCAAUAGCUGCCGUUCUGCCCCUGCACUUGCAGCGUUGCCAAUUCCAGUUGCCACAUUCACGUUCAAAGUUAUCACACCAUCUUCCCUUACACCGGCACUUGUCCCAGUCCCAGUCACCUGGCUUGCAGCGAUGGUCCGCCUUAUGGCAAACCGGCUUGCAUUCACACCUAUGCCAGUUCCAGUUAUUGCAGUGAGGAUUGAAAUUAUUGCACCAAUUACCCAUGCACUGGCACUUGUCCCAGUCCCAGUCACCUGGCUUGCAGCGAUGGUCCGCCUUAUGACAAACCGGCUUGCAUUCACACCUGCGCCAGCUCCAAUCCCUGCAGCUAGAAUCAUAAUUUCCGCACCAUUUCCCCCUACACUGGCACUUGUCCCAGUCCCAGUCACCUGGCUUGCAGCGAUGGUCCACCUUAUGACAAACCGGCUUGCAUUCACACCUAUGCCAGUUCCAGUUAUUGCAGUGAGGAUUGAAAUUAUUGCACCAAUUACCCAUGCACUUGCAAUGCUUCCAAUCCCAACGCCCUGA